AUGAGCCACAACGAGCAGAUCAUCGCCGGCUCGGCGAAGCACCCAAUUGUGCCCCAGCACUACAGGUAUGGCACCGCUGGCUUCCGCAUGAAGGCCGACCUCCUCGAGGGCGUGACCUAUCGUGUCGGCCUGCUCGCUGCCCUCCGCAGCCGCAAGCUCAACUCCCAAGCCAUCGGUGUCAUGAUCACAGCAAGCCACAACCCCGCCAUCGACAACGGCGUCAAGAUCGUGGACCCCAUGGGCGACAUGCUUGAGCAGGAGUGGGAGAGAUAUGCCACAGCUCUCGUCAACGCCCCGAGCGACAAAGACCUGGCCAAGAUCUACAAUGCUCUGGCCACCGAUCUCAAGAUCGAUCUCGAGGCCCCCGCCAAGGUCAUCUACGGCCGUGAUACCCGACCUUCAGGCCACACCUUGGUCACCGCCCUCGCCGAUGCCCUCGAUGCAACCAAUACCGAGCAUGUCGACUACAAGAUCCUCACCACCCCCCAACUCCAUUACCUUGUGCGCGCCACCAAUAGCGAAGGCACACCCGCCUCCUAUGGCGAGGUCAGCGAAGUCGGAUACUACAAGAAGCUCGCCGAGGCCUUUGUUCGGACCAUGAAGGGCAAGAGAAUCCCUCAAGUCCUCCAAGUAGACUGCGCCAACGGCGUCGGCGGUCCCAAGCUCAAGGAAUUCCUCAAGCACAUCCCUCAAGACAAGGUCCCCUUCGCAGUCCAGGUUGUAAACGACGAUGUCCUCCGCCCGGAGGUCCUAAACCUUGAUUCCGGCGCCGACUACGUCAAAACAAAGCAACGUGCUCCCCCCAUUCCUAAACCCCAACCCGGCCUGAGAUGCUGCUCGCUCGACGGCGACGCCGACCGCCUAAUCUACUACUGGCACGAUCCAGAGACCAACGUCUUCGUUAUGCUCGACGGCGACCGCAUCUCUUCGUUGGCGGCCUCCUUCAUCGGCGACCUUGUUGAGUCUGCCGGUCUCCGAGACGAACUCCGCAUCGGCGUAGUCCAAACCGCCUACGCCAACGGCGCAAGCACGCAUUACAUCACCCAACACCUGAAGCUCCCCGUCAUCUGCACCCCCACGGGAGUAAAGCACCUCCACCACGUAGCCCAGGGCUUUGACGUGGGAGUCUACUUUGAGGCCAACGGCCACGGCACCGUCCUCUUCUCCCUCGACGCCAUCAACGCCUUCAAGAAGACCACCCCCCAAUCCCCCGCCCAGAAGGAAGCCUUGGACACCUUGGCUGCCUUGACGGAUCUGAUCAACCAGACCGUCGGCGACGCUAUUUCGGAUAUGCUUCUUGUGGAAGUUAUUCUGGCGCACAAGAACUGGAACCUGAGGGACUGGGCUUUGACAUACCAGGAUCUGCCGAACAGACUUGUCAGAGUGGAGGUGGCGAACAAGGAUGUUUUUAGGACGACGGAUGCAGAGAGGAGGCUUUCUCAUCCGGAGGGGUGCCAGGCCGAGAUUGACCAGGAGGUGAAGAAGUUUAAGGAUGCGAGGUCGUUUGCCAGGGCUAGCGGGACGGAGAAUGCGAUGAGGGUUUAUGCCGAGGCGGCGACGAGGUCGGAGGCGAAUGAACUUGCGGAGAGGGUGGCUGGGAUUGUGAGUCGGUGGGGUGUUUAGUUGAUGCUUCAGGGCCGAUGCGGGGUUGGUGAGAGGAGGGGUUUGAGCAAGGCGUUUGGGGGGGUUGAUGAUGGUGAAGGGUUUAGGAGGAGGGGGAGGGCUAGUACGGAGGGGGUGUUGACGGGAGGACUGAGGAAGGCGAGAAAGGAGCAGGUUAGUACGGGGAGCGGGCACACGCUUGUUUGGACGACGUU